AUGGACAAGGAACGCUUCAUCCGCAGCUUGGCUCUGCCGGACGAGGACUGCCCCAUCUGUAAGUUGCCGUACAGCCCUGAAGAGUUUCCCGUACGAACUGCAUGCGGGCAUUGGUUCCAUCGAGAAUGCCUCGUGCAGGCCGUCGAGCAUGCACCCUCUCCGCACACGUGCCCCUAUUGCCGCGAUCCUAUGUACUCCCCGGGAGAAGACGAAGAAGAAGACGACGACGAAGACGACGACGAAGACGAAGACGAAGAAGACGAAGACGAAGACGAAUACGAAGAAUACUACGUCGGCUCCAACUGGAUACCAAAUCUUGGAGGGAUGAGCUAUGGACGUAUGUGGAAAGAGCGCUGGGAUAAGGUUGCUGACUUGUCCGAUGCUGAGCACGCCGCGCUGGUAGGUUACAUCUGGCGCACGAUACGCCGCUACUCGGCCCUCAAUCUCACCGACUCGGGGGCUUUCACACACCUAGCGACCGUUCACUUGUUGACUGGUAUCAUGCUCAAUGUUGGCCGCGACAUAUAUCGAGAUCCCGACUGCCCGUUUUCGGACGCCCUACUGCGCUACAUCGAAUUCUCCGCCAUCCGUAUAGACGACCACUUGUCUCUGCCUGUCAUCGAAAGGCGGUUCGGCGACGAACCUCUUCGUUCUCUGAUCAAGAUGAUGAUGAGCCUACAUAGCUUCAUCCCGGCUGACAGCCUCUCUACUGAUAUUGCCCUCCUUUGCUGGAAAGCCGCUAUGGUACUUUUCAAGUACCGGGAGUCUUAUUUGGCGCUGGCUACCGUAGACGAAGCCACUCUCGUUAUUCAUUUCCUACUCGUGAUUGAGAACCUGAGUAUCGUAAAUGGGAGCACUGAGCAGCGGAUGAUGUUUGAGCGAACUUCCUAUUUCUGGUACCUGGUUAACUUUAAUCUCAACCUGGACCACUCAUUUCAGUUCCGGCGAUCUCUGAGGCGGGAAGUGCUCCAUCUUCAACAGAUGUCAGGAUCUCAGGACUCGCCCGUGUUCACUGGUGCCCCUUCUGAAUCUGAAGAGGUUUGUCGCAUUAUGCUUAGCCCGUUGCUCCAGACUAGCAAUCCAUUUUCAAACGGUCAUAGGCGAAGUUUCUAG